UGCUCUCACGGCUCAUUCAGACUCUAUCAUGAAGGUCGUGCUGCUGCUCGCGCUCCUCACAGCCUCUGAAUGCGACAGCACAAAGGUCAAAGGUCAAACAGGACAGGAUGUCACUCUGUCCUGUAAAUAUGACAGAAAAUACUACGGAGCUCUGUCGGUCUGCUGGGGUCGAGGAGAAAUACCAAGCAGUGGCUGCUACAAUCAGCUGAUCUCCUCAGAUGGAGACAGAGUAGAGACCAGAGCUUCCAGCAGGUAUGAGCUGCUGGGUCGACUGGAGGACGGAGACAUUUCUCUGACCAUCCUGAACCUCACAGAGGGAGACGCUGGACGCUACGGCUGCAGGGUGGCGAUACCCGGCUGGUUUAAUGAUGAGAAACAUCACUUUGACCUGACCGUCGUCACAGCUCCACAAACUGACACGUCAACAGCCUCACACACAGAGACGCCCUCAGAGCCGACAGCAGCCGCUCAGACCGAAGGUCACAUGACCACAGUAACCCCCCUGAGUUCCUCCUCCAACGUGAUGAGCAGCAGCGAGAAGAAGGCCUUGAUGACGCCUCUGAUCUGCAUCCUGCUGGGUUUGGUCUUCAUGCUCACCAUCAGCGGACUCUUCAUCGCCUCGAAAAGACUGAAGCAGCCCAACAAAAUCCCUCAGCAGCAGCAGAUGGUUGGCAGCUCGGCUCAGCAGGUCCAGGUCAGCUCCACGUCGCUGAAUCUGCAGCUGCAGAGCUCCACCGUGUACAACGUGUACCAGAUGGACUGCGAUGGAGGCGGUGAUGGAGGUGAGGAUGGAGGCACAUACGAGUACUGUCCCUGAGCUCUGAGGCUCCACCCACUCACCUGCUGUGGAUGUGGGACUAUGACGAGCUCUUCUGAAGGUGAACAGGAAGCAGGAAGAAGGAACAUUUUUGAAGGCGUUGCUCUUUGCUUUGAGAAGCAUCCAAUCAGAGAGCUGCAGGUGUGCGCCCAUGUGAUUAACGCUGCACUCAGGUGGGAGGUUGUGCAGGAUGUGGUAAACAGACUAAAAAUAAGAGCUUUUAUUCUGAAAGGUUUGGUGAAGGUUUGCUUUU